ACCGUUGCCGGACAAACUUCAGUGUUGGUAGUGGUGGCGGCCGAUUCGCGUACUCGGCAGCACCGAAGCCCCGUGCUGACUGUCGCUGGCGAUAACGCGCUCGUUGCGGCUUUCGUGGGGGCUGUUUGUUGUUGUCGUUGUGCGGCCAGAGCGAAUUUAACAAACAAACAAACUCAACAGGAGGAGCCGCCUCGCUGUGCCGAGAGACGAAAACGGAAGGCGCAAUCCGAGCCUGAGGCCUUGUCUGAGGCGGCGCCUUCUCCCAGCCCCUCGUCGUCGCUCAGCGUUCGCUUUGCGUGGAUUUACAAAGCCAUGAGCGUGGAGCUGCCCGUUGUCUACGGCGUCUGCUUGCUGCUUGUCGCAAGCGAGGGCUGACUGGAGCCGCCUCGCGUCCUGAGGCGAGAGAGAGCGGAGCGUUGCUAAUGCUGUUGGGCUCCGGUGAAGGGGAGAAAAGCGAUGUAUCCCACACCUCUCAACAACCCUCACAAUCAGAGGUUCUCAUCCAGCACGCAGCCAGGCAACCACCUCUUGCAGCGCCCAGCCACAAGAUUUAUCUACAACAACAUCAAUUACAAUGACAGAGCUCAUCCCCAGAACCACAUCUUCCCCAAUGGGACCGGCAAUCCCAGCCCUUUCAUCAAAGUGGUGGGCGCUGCACCAGGCAUCUUACCGUCAGCAGCCGCUGUGAGCACGCUAAACGGUGUGCGUGCUGUGCCUGGCAUGAGCGCUGUUCGGAACAUGCACAUGGGCCAGAGAACUGCGAUGGUCCCUGUGAGGUUUCCUGCGACUCCCCUCUACGGCUCCACGGUUCUGGAGUCACCCAGGAUCAACCGCAAGCGUGUUCACGAUGAUUCGACCAACUUUGAGGGGAAGAAGCCGUGUGUCCAGCCCACAAACAGUGCGCACACCUCCGCAAACGACCUUGCCAAGCAGGUCCUGCCCUUGCCCCCUGUCUCACCCGCUCUCCUACAUCUCAAGGCGUCCAGCGAAACGUCUACCCGGAGCGUGCCUGACAAGCUAAGCCAGCAAAUCCUAGACCUGCACCAAAACUGCCAACAGCAGGCAAGGCUCUUCCAGCAGAAGGACCAGCUGCGGGAGAGCUUGCAGUGUGAGGUUCGGAAAUUGUUCCCCUAUUGCAAUAUCUUCUUAGUGGGGUCCACAGUCAAUGGUUUUGGGAGCAGAACCAGUGAUGGGGACCUCUGCCUCGUGCUCCGAGAACAACAGAUAAACCAACGAACAGAAGCUCUGCACCUCCUCCAGCAAGUGCUAAGAAUCAUGUGGAGGCUGCCGUAUAUGGAAAAAAUGCAACUGAUCCGUGCAAAGGUUCCAAUUGUGAAGUUCAGGGACAAGACAAGUAGGGUGGAGUUUGACCUCAAUGCCAACAACAUUAUUGGAAUCAGAAACACAUUCUUGCUUCAGGCUUAUUCGAAAGUCGACCAGCGAGUGAAGCCGCUAAUCCUGGUCAUCAAGCAAUGGGCAUUGCAGAGGGGCAUCAACGACGCCAGCCAGGGCACCCUGAGCAGCUACAGCCUUGUACUUAUGGUGCUGCACUUCCUACAGACUCUUCCAGAGCCAGUAGUGCCCUGUCUGCAAAAAGAAUACCCGGGCCUCUUCAACUCGAGGCUCCAAAUCUGGCAGAUCCCAAUCAGUGCCAACAGCGUGCCGACCUUCACUUCACAAAGCAAACUCACCCUGGGCGAGCUCCUGCUUGGCUUCUUCAAGUACUACACCACCACGUUUGAUUGGGACCACUCGAUCAUUUCUCUGAGGGAAGGCAGAAUCAUCAACAGGACCCUGGAUGAUGAGUGGAGAAACAAGUACAUUUGCAUUGAAGAACCUUUUGACCAGAGCAACACUGCCAGGGCCGUGUAUGAGAAAUGUCGGUUUGACAAGAUAAAGGAAGAAUUCAGGAAGGCAUCGACGUUGCUGGAAGACUGCAAGAAUAUUGACAACAUUCUGCUGGCGAGCUAAUCGCAUAACGUUGACAGUGGAAGGUCUCGUUGGCACCCAGCGAUUCCAGCGCGUGCAGCAAGACACUGUUACGCUGUUCUUGGGUCAAGAGGAAGCUGUCGGCCCACAAUAAUGACUGGAUGAGGCAUUGCACACCUUAUAACUUUCUGCCGAAAUAAAAGUGAUUCUCUCAUGAUUGUUCUAUUUAAAUUCUGCUCUUUAUAUCAGAUCGACAUUAUAUGCAGGCUUUAUUUUCUGAUAUUCUUAGACUUGGAAAGUUGUUUUCGGUUAACAUUUUGUAUUGUACAUUAAUCAAUGGUGCAUUGUUUGUACAUAUUUUAUAUAGCAUUCAGCAGCAUUGAAUUGGUAGGGUUAUGCUCGUAUUACUUUUGUGUGCAGAAAGUGACGUCAGCUGUCUGAGGUAUGAUUGUCAAAAUUUCCAGUAGUUUUUUUUCAUGUCUCGAUAUCUUGUUUAAUAAAACAUGAACGUCUAAAUACUGCACAAUAUAUUCAGAAAAAGGAGCAUUUGUUUUAUUUUGUAAUAAUAUAUUGGACAGUGCUGAUUGCAAAUGUAAAUACUGUCAAUUUGAGAGAUUCCUUGUUUUAAAAUGAGCAGAGUUGUGUUUUAUUUCAAGUUUAAGUUUUACAUUGUAAUGCUAUAAAACAUUUUAAUCCGCAGAUAUAAAUAAACAAUUACCAGGCAAUUAAGGCAAUGCCAUAUUACACCGUACAGUAUGAUGUAUGUUUUAACUUUAUAGUUUUCAAGACUCCCUUUGACAGAUGUCUUGCGUAAAAACUUUUACAAUUGAUAGUAAAUAUAAAAGACACCCAACUUGUGAUAACUUAUUUUUUUAAUAAAAACGUCAAUACUCUAAA